AGGAUGAUGUGAUGAUGCCUCAGCGAAUACAUCUCCAAUACGAGGCCUGCCUCUUCAACUCUAACUCUUUGAUUGGCUGUCAAGUCCGCAGGGAUCCAGAGGGAUCUACUGAGCGCUACACACGCUGGAUCAACAACAUCAGCCAGGAUCAACUCAGCACCCAGGUGUACACCUCUCACGGCCCUACGGUCAUCAUGCCAACAUGGUUCUGCUCCAGGGAUUGGUUCCAGCGGGUCGGAACCUUUGACGAGGGCGGCAAGGGAGUUCCAGAGGAUCUGUUGUGGUUCUAUCAGAGUGUUGGUCAGGGAGGAGGUGUGGUCAGAGUGGACCAGUGUUUACUAGUCUACCGCUACCAUCAACAAGCUGCUACACACUCUGUCCUGGAGGAAACCAUUUGGAACCUCCGUGUGGCCUUCCUCCAUGAGAGAGUUAUCAACCAAUGGGAAUCCUUCACCAUAUGGAAUGCUGGGAAACAGGGCCGGAAACUAUACCGCUGCCUCAGUUCCUUCAAUCAGAAGAAGGUUCGAGCGUUCUGCGACGUGGACGAGAAUAAGAUCAAGAAAGGCUUCUACACCUAUGAGGAGUCCAAGGAGAGGCCCAAGCCUCAGAUCCCUGUAAUGCACUACAGAGAUGCGUCUCCACCCUACAUCAUCUGUGUCAAGCUGGACAUGACCGGAGGAGUGUUUGAGGAAAACCUGAAGUCUCUCCAUCUGGAAGAAGGAGUUGACUACUACCACUUCAACUAACACUCUGGGAUGUAGAGAUGGAGAGGAGAGGAGUUGACUACUACCACUUCAACUAACACUCUGGGAUGUAGAGAUGGAGAGGAGAGGAGUUGACUACUACCACUUCAACUAACACUCUGGGAUGUAGAGAUGGAGAGGAGGGAGUUGACUACUACCACUUCAACUAACACUCUGGGAUGUAGAGAUGGAGAGGAGAGGAGUUGACUACUACCACUUCAACUAACACUCUGGGAUGUAGAGAUGGAGAGGAGAGGAGUUGACUACUACCACUUCAACUAACACUCUGGGAUGGAGAGACAGAGGGAUGGAGGUGGGGGGGGGGGUGAGUGUUUGAGGGUUGGAUGCUGAGAAGGAUAGAUGGACUAUGACAGUCAUCUGGUGCGCCUGCUUGCUGUCUAGUUAGUAUAAUAUGUGUGGCAGCAUGUCCAUGUUGAUCGUGGAGAUAAAUCACAAAUACAAACGUUUCCAAUCA